GUAUGACGUACAACAAUUGAUUUCUGGAGUAAUGAUCCUAGAAACGAUUUAGGAGCCACUUUAGGAGGCGAUUAAGAGGCGAUUCCAGCAGCCACAUUAUCCGUCCGUCUCGUCUUCCUGUUGUCGCGUUCCCAGCACGAUGACGCAAACCGUUGACCCACAACUACCUACACAGCUCCUACACCUACAGGGUCAGCCACAGCAGCGACUAGGCAUGACUGACCAGGCAGCCAAUCCCAAGGCCCUGCCUGCGCUAACGCACCUUCCGCCGCUGCCUGCGCCGUGUACGCGAUUGGAGGUGGACCUCUAUCGCUUAUUGCGAUGCUGUGAGCGCCUCGCACGGAGCCGUUCAGCAGGCGAGCUUCAGGCGGAUCCCAAGUUCCACAACUAUGUGGCCUAUCUCCGGGAGCUGUUCUCACAGUUGCAGCUGGAGACAAGCCAGCCUGCGAGCCGCCCUCGGUCUGCGUCGGCAGAGGCUGCGGCUGCGAGGGGUGACGCAACCAUGGAGGCGUAUCUGCAACGAAUCACCUUGCUAGCUGAUCUGCUGGACGAGCACAUGCUGCCUGACACGUGGGACAUGCCAGACACCCUGCCCCUCAUCGAUUCCUUCCGCUGGGACGCCUUGGUGCCUCAAGACCCAGACCUCUCUGCAGCAGGCAUUGGAGCUGUCAGUUCACUCAGGUUCCAGCAGCAGCAGCAGCAAGAAGCAGCAGGUGCUGGGAUGCGGGGUGUGGCUGUUGGAGGUGCUCUUUCAGGCCGGCAAGGCAGGGAGGCGUUGGGCCUUCGAUCGCGCCACCGCCAGUUGAGAGGACGGCAUGGGCCAUCUUCGAAGGAUCGCCAGUCCAUUCCUCUCCCUGGCUCGUCUCUUGAUGACUCGUCGAGAGCCAUCAUCACGACCCACAAGAAUCUUCACGAGGAGCUGUCAGAUCAGAUGCUGACGCUGGCAGGCCAGAUGAAGGCCAACUCGCUUGCUAUGGAGCAAAAAGUCAAAAGCUCCAACAAGGUUCUUGAUGCAACGGAGGAAUCUAUGGAGCGAAACGUGGCCAGCUUGAGUCGAGCCAAUCAAAGAGCUUCAAGGUUGGCCCGGCAAGGUUUUUGCACCGGAUGUUGGACGUGGAUGGCGAUGAUCGUCUUGCUCACCAUGUUUGUUGGAAUGAUUAUGUUUAUCAAAAUGACAUGAAAUUUAGACGCACAGCAUGUCAUAUUCCUGAAAAUUAACCGAGGGAUUUGGCCUUUUCGAGUGCCACCUUUUCA